AUGAUGGCAGCGGAGGGACAGAGAGUGGUGCUGAUCACCGGCUGCUCGUCCGGUAUCGGGCUCGCGAUCGCCGUGAUGCUCGCGAGAGACGAGAUGAAGCGCUACUACGUCAUAGGUACCAUGCGGGAUCUGAAGCGUAAGGAUAAGUUAGUUGAAGCGGCGGGAGACGUGUACGGUAAAACUCUGUCUCUGCUCACGCUGGACGUCUGCAGUGAUGAAUCGGUCAAACAGUGUGUGGACAGCAUUAGAGAUCGACAUGUAGACAUACUGAUUAAUAACGCUGGCGUGGGUCUGGUGGGGCCGAUCGAGGCUCUCAGUCUGGACGAGAUGGAGCAGGUGUUCGAGACCAAUUUCUAUGGGGUUGUGCGCAUGAUUAAAGAGGUGAUGCCUGACAUGAAGAGGAGACGCUCCGGACACAUCAUCGUCAUCAGCAGCGUUCUGGGCCUGCAUGGUGUGGCGUUUAAUGAUGUUUACUCCGCGUCAAAGUUUGCCACGGAGGGACUGUGUGAGGGUCUCGCCAUCCAGCUGAUGAAUUUUAACGUCUAUGUGUCGAUGAUCGAGCCCGGGCCUGUAAACACUGAGUUUGAGCUGAAGCUGAUGGCAGAAGUCUCUAAGAAGGAGUUUGUUGGUGCUGAUCCAGAGACGCUCCAUCACUUCAGGUCCUGCUACCUGCCCACACAAGUCAACCUCUUCCAAGGCCUGGGACAAACACCUAAAGACAUCGCUAAGUGCACUAAGAAGGUGAUCGAGUCUCCGCGGCCUCCGUUCCGUAACCUGACGAAUCCUCUGUACACUCCGAUCGUGGCGCUGAAGUACGCGGAUGAGACGCGCAGCCUGUCUGUUCACACCUUCUAUCACAUGCUGUAUAACCUGGGAGGAGUCAUGCAUGUUACUGUGAGAAUCAUGAAGUUCUUGAGCUUCGGAUGGUUACGGAGAAGAGCCAUCUCACCAACCUAACACACACUCUCACACACACAUACACACACACACACUAGCAAUAUCACCAGCCUAACACACACACACACACACACACAUACACUCUCUCUCAAACGCAUGCAUACUACUGUACAAACAGAAAUAUGUAUUUCUAUCUUUGAACAGAUUAAAUUCUAGAUAAACAAAUAUUCUGUUAGAGAAAUGUUGAUUAUCUUUGUAGCUUGCAGAGUAAGAACAGAGAGAUGUUCAAGAAUAGUUUCUGAUUGUAUAUAAAGCACUAUAUUAAUGUAGAUUUCUGAUUGAAACUGAAUGUUAUUUUAGAGAUAUCUGAGUGACAGCUGUGUGGCUCCUGUCAUUUAAAGCUCUUGUGCUCGUGGAGAAAUAAUAAAGCAGAAAAGAGCAUCA